UCUUCCCCUAUACUAAACUUUGCUGUUCUAUUACUAGUGUUUGUUUAUAACGCAGGGAAUCUCCUUAUCAUCAAGUAAAGCAAGCUUCCAGGUUAUGCCAAAGUUCUUUUUAUCUACCUUUUCUUUGUUAUGCUACUUUCCCAAAAGAAAGUUCCUAUCACAUGAAAACUUAUAGACCUGUCUUCAGCUCCCUGUCCAAUUUUGCUCGAAAAUGGGAAAAAUUCUUAUUGAAGUCUGCAUGAUCUCCGCCCGUGGCCUUCCUCGGUCAUCGUCUCUCUGGAAACGCCAAUGGUUUGCUGUUGCUUGGAUUGAUCCAAACAACAAAUUCUGCUCAAAGAUAGACAGUUCUGGGAGUUCCAAUCCAACUUGGAAAACCAAGUUUACAAUUACUGUUGACAGCAUGAAAACAGAUCUGCAACAACUGUCUUUGACGGCAGAAGUUUACAGUAGAGAUCCCAUUUUUCUGAGGGAAAAGCUUCAAGGAACUGCUAUUGUUAUGCUAAAGGAAUUCUUCACCAAAUUUGGGAAGUCCGCAGAGCCAUCAAGAUCAGGAAAUGAGGAGACUGGAAGUUACCAGUUACGUAAACAAAAAUCUGGCAAGCCUCAAGGCUUUGUUGAUAUAGCUGUUCGUAUUUAUGAGCAGAGUGAGAGUGGUCCCUCUUACCCAGGAAUUAAUGAAGGCAUAAGCGUAGCUAUAGAAGAUGGACCAGUGUUGGCGUAUCCCAACAAGCCUCAGCCAUUUCCAGAUAACCAUUUCAACAACAGCUACCCCAAUGGCAGCUAUCCUCACAGCCACCCUCAGCCACCACCCUCAAACUACGCAAACCCACAGGAUUCCAAUGCAGGAUACCAUCGGCCUCCUCCCCCACCCCCGCCACCCCCACCCGCUAACACGGGCUUCCUGCCAACAUUAUUCCCCGGAGCAAACCCCUUACCAGAAAGUUAUGUUGGCAUGCCAGGGAGUGGCUCUGCAGGACGUGGCAGUGGACCCGGGUUCGGAAUGGGUCUUGGAGCUGGGGCAUUGGCUGCUGGUGCUGUGAUAUUUGGAGAUGAUUUCAUGUCUGGUUCCAGUUAUCCUCUAAACUUGGACGGUUGCAGCCUCACUGUGUCCACAGAUCCUCUUUUCUAGUUUAUUGAAGGUUGCUUGAUGUUGAUGAUGUUAUUCAGUGAAAUUACUGUGUCAUGCUCUGCUGCCGCUCUGAUAUGUUAACCUUGUUCUUCAUUUAUUGUGUUCUGACUUUGUACAUUCCUGAAUAAAAGAAGCUGUUCUAGCAAAUAUGCAAUUCAA